ACGCGCGUGCGUCGGUGUAAGCCCACUCUGAGAGCAGCGUUGGUGUUGGAGAGCGCAUCAGUCACACAGCACUGUGUAGGUGGACGACAGCAAACGGAUAAAAAACAAAUCUAUAUCGGGAAAGCCCCAGCUGUCAGCGGCAGAAACCUGAACAGGUGGCUCCCGCAGUAUCUUAGCAGAGCGCGUCAAGGCGCAGAGACCCUCAACAGCUUGUCUCCCUCUCUAAUCUCUUCUCUGACGACAGCGCAAUUACCCCGUGCGCGUAAAACCAGCAGCAACCGCAGGUUUGGAUCGGUGGAUGUGAUCAGUCAUCAGGAUUUUACUCAUCAGUGUCGAUUCAGUGUCCAUCACGAAGUUGCACUUGUGGAAAGCGCGUCUUGCUUUUGAGGCUGGACUGACAGAGUUGGAUACAAUGACUCUCUCUUGGAUUUUAUAAUCUCUCCUCUGUGUUUGGAUUGGAAGCAGCUGUAAAGACUGACACUGAUAACACAGAAUGUUGCCAGAAAUAAACAACAAGACGUCACGACCGGAGGCCUUCCCUCACCCUCACAGACUCCCAGCAGAAGGAAACCGGCUUGGAACAAACCGACCCUGCUCACAGAAGUUUGGCCCUGGUGUGGGGACUUUGCCUCAGCUUGAGCCACCGGUGGUCCAGGUGGUGGUCAGCAAUGCCAAAAACCAGCACCAGCAGUCGGACAACAUCCUGCCCCAGAUUGCCAACAAAGGGGGGCAAAAUAAUUUCCAGACACACUCGGAUGAGAGGCCGAAGCCCGCUCAGCAGUUCACCAUGCGGUUCGGUGCAGCAAUGGAUAAAGUGUCAGUCACUCGCAACAGCAAGAUUUUCAGCAACAAGCUGGAGAAAGAGAAGGCAUAUGAGGGACAGAGACUACCCAUGUCACCCAUGGAGGCACUGAAGAACUUCCAGGAGCGGCUGACGGAGUUUGAGCAGGAGGAGAUCAUGGACUACACAGAGAUCUGGUUCCUGGGUCUGGGCUCUCAGAAGAUUGAGGGUUCCCAAGGAGCACCGCAGAACUCUGGAUAUGAUGAUGAGCAUGGAAGCUACAUUAGGGUGCUGCACGACCACAUUGCCUACAGGUUUGAGGUGCUUGAAGUGAUUGGGAAAGGCUCCUUCGGGCAGGUCUUAAAAUGUCUGGACCACAAAAACAAUGAACUUGUAGCCAUUAAGAUGAUACGCAAUAAGAAAAGAUUUCAUCACCAAGCCCUUGUUGAGCUGAAGAUCCUGGAUGUAAUAAAGCGGAAAGACAAAGACAACCUCCACAACGUCAUCCACAUGAAGGAGUACUUUUACUUCCGAAAUCACCUUUGCAUCUCCUUUGAGCUCCUCGGGGUGAACUUGUAUGAGCUCAUCAAAAAAAACAACUUCCAGGGCUUCAGUCUCGCCCUCAUCCGUCGGUUUGCCCAUGCUCUUCUUAGGUGCCUGCAGAUGCUGCACAGGGAGAAGAUUAUCCACUGUGACCUCAAACCGGAGAACAUCCUUCUGUCUCAGAGAGGGCCAGGUAACAUCAAGGUGGUGGACUUUGGGUCAAGCUGUUAUGAACAACAAAGAGUGUACACCUACAUCCAGAGCCGCUUCUACCGCUCCCCAGAAGUGAUCCUGGGUCACCCUUACAGCAUGGCCAUUGACAUGUGGAGUCUGGGCUGCAUCCUAGCCGAGCUCUACACAGGCUAUCCUCUCUUCCCAGGAGAGAGCGAAGUGGAGCAGAUAGCUUGCAUAAUGGAGGUUCUGGGAAUGCCUCCAAAUGAUUUUGUUCAGUCAGCAUCGAGGAGGAGGUUGUUCUUUGACUCCAAAGGAAAUCCAAGGAACACAACUAACAGCAAGGGGAAGAAGCGGAGACCCAACUCAAAGGAGCUGUCAGACACUUUGAAAACUAAUGAUGCUUUGUUCUUAGACUUCAUCAAAUGCUGCCUCACUUGGGAUCCAACCAAGCGUAUGACUCCUGAUGAGGGGUUACAGCAUGAAUGGAUCCUGGAGGGAAAUUUCAACAAAGUCAGACCAAGAGCCAGGCCUACAGUGAAGAAGACCUCAGACAGCUCGACCAGCACAGACAGACAAACUAAUACAGAGAAGGUCAGCUCAGAAAGCAACACUAACGACAAGCUGAAGAGAGACAGCUCAGAAACGGGAACAAAGAUGGCACCUGCUGAGCGUCUGCGGCCCAUUGGGGCUUCAGCAGAGGAGGAGGUGUGUGAGAGCGAGGGCAAGCUCUCCACGGAUACCAAACAGCAAGGAGGUGGAGAAAGGCCUGUUCACAUUAUCAUCAAACCUCAAGAGGAAGUGGGCUCAGAGAGAAAAGAUAGCCAGGAACCAUCUCAGUGUUUGCCCCCUAUCAUGUAACAGUCCAAGGGAAACACGCUGCGUUCAUGACAAGUGGGAACUGGGAAUGUUGAGACUCAAUGUCCCAUCUUUCACCUGAGAAUGACUGAGUUGUUGAAGUGGAAGUAAAUGGACAACUGAGAGAAAAGUUGCAUUUGUCUGGCCUAGCAUACAGAGCAGACAGAAAAACAUCCUUUGUGCUGUUAUUUGCUACAAAUAUCUUGCUGCUGUGUCUACAUGAUACACAUGUACUACAUGUUAAAGAAGUCAGAGAAAAGUCAGAGUUCCUGAGUUUCAAGCUGGAAAGCAGCUCAAGUGGAUGUUUUCUACCGACAGGAAACAAACCAGUUCCCAUAUGCCAUGAACAAAAUCUUGAUGUGUGGAGGAGAUACACUGAUCAUCAGCAAAGAGGGACAUCUUCUAUUUAUUGUUUUAAGUAUGCAGUCAUAGUGUAUUAUUUUUAUUCUGUGAAACUUUAUAUGACAGUGACAUCAACCAGUUGUACGUGUUUAAAUAAAGGAGUUAAGAUGCAGUUACAGGCAGGCAUUUUGUGACAUCAAGCUGCAAGAAUACACUUGUUGAGUUUAGAUCAAAUGGUUAAAAUCCUAAGUCAUAGUACAGAAGAAAGCUUUUGCUCUCACUGUCUCCUGUAUUAUUUAUUGAACUCAAUCUUUGCUGUGCAUUGACAUCUUUGAUAAACAGGUUUGACUUUUACUUCUCUCAGUUUCUAUGUUAAAAAGCAAACGUAGCUGACUUUAAAGAAGUGCAUAGGCAGAAAAUCAAUUAAAUCUUUGUCUUUGCUUUUUUUCUCUUUUCUUUUAGCUUAUUUUACUUUCGUCAUGGUAAAAGAUUUGAAGACUUGUGUGCAAUAAAGGCUGAGCCAAAAAAAAACUUUUUUUUAAAAAACUAUGAUAACAAAGAAAUAAUUGUCAUGUACUUUGUAAUUGUAGAAUGCAGUUGAUGACCUUCUGAUUAUUAAUUGUUUUACUUAUUUAUAAUUGAAUAUGUUUGAUCCUAUGUUUCAUAUUUGUUUAACAAUUUAAUUCAACAAUCACAAAAUAUGUAUUUGUAAUAGAAUUUAUUGUAUAUAUUUCUGCUGUAAUUUCUUAUGUAUGUGUAAUACAGAACAUAUUUUAAGAAAAUAUUUCAGAUAUUGAGGUUUUAGACAAGGUUUUACUUGUUGUGUUGUUACUGUAUGAAAAUAUUUUGUCUGUGUUAUUGAUAAUAUUUUUUAUAUUAGAAACAAAAAGACAAUCCCAUUAUUGAUAGUUUGUGCCUUGCAGUAUUAGAAAUCUUGCACUUUACUAUUGUGUGUGCAUCUGGAUUAGAAACCAUUGGAUUCUUACCUGUCAAACAGACAAGAGUUCAGACUACUUUGCCAGGAUCCCUUUUAUUUGACAAAAUGAUGUCUCACCUAAUGUUACAUAACAUAAUGGAACAACCCUUUCAUUAUUUACCUUCUUUUUACAAUUGAUUGAUGUCUUUAGUCGCCAACCGAGAUCUGACUUAAAUUGAUGAUAGACCUGUGCCCUCACUAUCUAUUAGUUAAGCAACCAGAGAUCCUGAAAGAAAGGAUUGUAGCUGAAAAAAAGUUAAGAAAAGUAAUUUUUAUGUCUUUUAUGAUUAAAUAAAAACUUGUUUAAAUGAA